AUGAUGAGGUUGUCGACCUAUUCGUUAGGGGAAGCCUGCUGGGGUGCGGGGUAGCGAUGAGAAAGUCUAAGCAAUGACAGAGCCUGUCAAGGUUGAAGCGCGUUGAGAGAUCUGGGCCUUUGCGUUUCGGGGUGUCGCCAGGAUCCUGGAAGCCCUAAAGUGAGUGGCUAGAUGUUUUGGGGGCUGGGGUGAUGGUGGAGAAGCGCACCGGAGAAUGAUAUUGCAGAUUUGCAGCCCGUGACCCUGAGCUGCGUCUCUCGCCUCUAUCCCUGCGUCAGAGUUUGCCACGGGCGCGCAACGUGGGAUUUAUCACCUGCGCGUCCUUCUCCCUCCCCAUCGCCAUCCCUGUCGCCGGAGCCACCCCAGCAGCGCCCCCGCUUGCCCGGCUCCCUGGUCGCCAGCUGCCCGUUCCGCCGAUCUCUCCACCCCAGCGUGCCCACUGCGCCUUGCAUCCCUGCUGCGGUGGUGCUGGUGGCCCCUGCUUAUCCCCUCCCUCCCUGAUCCGUGUCUCCGGCCCCUCUCUGACGUAGCAGCAGGCUGAGAGAGGGGAGGGGGUGGGAAGGAAGAGAGUCGAGGAGGAGGGAGGGAGGGAUGGAUGACUCACAAUGUUAUGAUGCGGUUCCACAACACACAGCCACAUUCGUCUACCGACGAAGCACAAAAGCAGCCCUUCGGCGGCCCUGAAGCUGCGCUCGCCUGGACUCGACCCCUCGCCGCUCGGCAGCAGGAGCAGGAGCAGGAGCAGACACGGACAGGCAGCUCCUCGCCGCCGCCGCGCAUACGCGCCCGGGCGCAGGCUUCAAGGUGAGCAGCGCGGAGGGCAAAGGCGGCGGAGGCGGAGGCGCCGCCGCUGCAGCUGCACCUGAAACUUUGCCUCCCUCGCUCGCGGGGCUCUUGGGGAGUUGCACGUUUCGCCUCCACCUCCGGGCCGCGCCGAGAGAGCCCGAUCCCCGAUUCCCUGCUUCCUCCCACCUCCGGCCAAGUCCCUCUGGGAACUUCGCGACGCCAAAUCCGCCUUUAUUUUCCUUCCGCGCAGGCAGCCACGUGAGUCAGACUCUGCGGUGAUUAACGCCUCGAGUCCCCCCCCCCGCACGCCCCCGACACCUGGACUCCUCCCACUUCAUUUCUUUUUCCUACCCCUGAUUUCUCCCUUCUUCCCCCCGCCCUUCUAGGAGAGACGAAGUGGACGGGUGAAGUGCGAAAAGCAAGGUAAGAAAGCAGCGCGCAGGGCUUUCUGCUGGGACGCUUCUCGCGCGGCAUUGCUCUGGACCCGGGCUGCUCUUUGGGGGGAGCUGGAGUUGCGCGCGGCGUUACUGCUGCUGCAGGACGGAUUGGGAAGCGCUAAUGGCCCAUGCCCGCACGGUGGACAAAUGCAUGAGGCUGCUGCUGGGGCUUCCGAAAGUCAGCUUUUGGGGGGUUGUAAUGCCGCUUUGCUGCCGACAGGGGGCGCGCCCGAGAGUCCCUGUCAGAACGGGGGCGGACGGGAGGAGGCUUUGAAUGAACACGCAUGGAAAUGACGUCGAGGCCCCGGUAGAGGGCCCUCUUGCAGCCACAAUAAAAGGCCCGUGACAAGGGUGGGUCGAAAAAGGGAAUAUUAUCCGAGGCUGCUGGUCGUGGCGGGGGUCGUUUAAUGCAAGGGGCAACGGGGUACAUCACCAGAGGGUUGGGUUUAGGCAAUGCAACGUUGCUGACCUCUUUUCUCAAAGGUUGCUCAGAGGCCUUAGGGCACUCUGCAUAUUUCAGAAUGUUUUCCAACGUUGCCAGAGUCAUUGGUUAUGUGACAUGCUGUGUAAUAGCAACAUCUACAAUUGGAAGGCUGUAGCUCAGAGGGAGGACAGCUGCUUUGCAUGCAGAAGGCGCCAGGUAAAAUCUCUGCGUAGGUCUAUGACAGCCCCCUUCCUGAAGCCCUGUACCCAGUUAGGGUAGGCAACAUUGAGCUAGAAGGGUCAAUGGCCUGACUCGCUAUAAGGCAGCGUUGUGUGUUGCGUUGUGUGUUCCAUAUGAAUAAGAGCAAAAGCAGAAAAGCUGUUUCUUAACCAGAUGGGCCGUUCAGAUCAUGGGCGUUGCGAAACCCAAGACUCUGAUUCUGUGCAGGCUUAACUGGGAGCAAAUCAUACCAUACUCAGUGGGAUUUAUUUCUGAGUAAACAUAUGUAGGCUUGAGCUGCACGGAUACAAUUAUGCUUAAAGCAAAAGCAUAAUGAAACCCUAGCCUUAACCUACAAUUAGCUGACCAGGUUACGAAAGUUGUGAGGAUAAGCUGAACAUGUUGUUCAAGGCACCUGAGUUGUGGGCCUGUUUGUGUAAACAAUGAGAACAAUAGGCUGAACCAGGGAUUUGAAUCGUGCAGACCCCAAACCGCUUUGCACAAAUUACAGUGGUACCUCGGGUUAAGUACUUAAUUCGUUCUGAAGGUCCAUUCUUAACCUGAAACUGUUCUUAACCUGAGGUACCACUUUAGCUAAUGGGCCUCCCGCUGCCGCUGCGCCACUGGAGCACGAUUUCUGUUCUCAUCCUGAAGCAAAGUUCUUAACCUGAAGCACUAUUUCUGGGUUAGCGGAGUCUUUAACCUGAAGCAUAUGUAACACGAGGUACCACUGUACUACAGUCCUGUCUCUCUUUGAGUUCCCUCUUGAACUUGGUAAAAACCAGGCUGAUUUCCUCCCCCCCCCCCCAUUUUCAUUGCCUUUUUACAGAGGUGGGUGGAGGAUUCUAAUUACCGAACUGUCUGAAUGUGGAGCAAGGGCCCAGUGGUAAUUAUUCCAGACGGAUGAAUCCACUGAGCUUUCUAUCUGCUCAAAUACACAUUCCAUGCUGUGUAGUGCAGAACAUGCCAUAACUUCCACCUCCAGAAGAGGACCAGAUCACCUCCUGGGUCUGACACGCACAGUAGGCUUCUCCCAGGGCUGAUAAUUGCUUGCCGUUGUCUCUCCGCAGGUGA